GCUCUUUGAACUCAGGAUCAACCAGAUGGUAUGCAAAUAUGUAACGAUCAUCCAGCAGGCUACUGAGGAGAUCCAAGUCUUCUUCGUGAUCUUUGCAGCAGGACUCGUUGCGUUCACAGUUGCGAUGUUACAUCUCCUUCAUGCCUGCCCGACAAGCGGAUGUGAGCAAGUGGAAGAUGAAGAAUACUUCCCCCUCCAUUUCUUUGGUGCACUAUCCGCAACAUACUUUAUGCUGGGUGGUCGAUAUGAUCCUGUUGGCUCAAAGUUUACUUCUCAAGAUUGGGCUUUCCAUAUUAUGAUGAUGAUAUUCUUUUUCUUCACAGUUAUUUUAAUGCUGAAUGUGCUUAUUGCACUCAUUAAUGUGGCAUUCACAAAGGGUGAUGAUGGAUGGAGAUUGGCAUGGAUUGAAUCACGUCUGCGAUACAUCGAGGCAGCCGAGAAUAUGUCCUAUCAUAUCCCUGGCUACCGUGAGACGUACGAUUGUUUCCCCCGAGAAAUCUAUUUCGCAGCGACGGCGCAACAGAUGAAGGCCUAUCAAGAAAAGUUGGAUGCUGAUGCCAAUAAGGAACUGGGGAAACAUAUCACGAAUGUGGAUGCACGGGUGGAACAAUUGCAGAGGCAGUUACAGGAGCAACUGCAGGAGCAGCAGGCGAAGCAGGAAAUACAUAUGCAGGAGCUUAAGAAGCUGUUACUUCAGAGUACUAGACAACAACGAUCAUAACUGCCCUACUCUACCCCAGCCAACUCAGUCUUAA